AUGGACGGCCAAAGGAUGAUAGAUGCGACCGUCAAUCAGUUACCGCCGACUGCGCUGUCUGGGCAGAAUCUCUUCGUGGGAAAACAUAAGAGUAGGAGAAAAAACAACGCAGCAGUGAGCGGCACAGCACUGUCGUGUCGUGGGUUACCUUCAACGCGUGGGUCGUUGGUUCCCAAGGCCUGGAGUGAGGCCAACGGCUGGAAAACCGUCCAAGAGGUUGGAUUCGUUGGAUUCGUUGGCGCUGCGGCAUACAUCGUCGCCAUCAACAGAUCUCACAGCUUUGCUACGCUAUUCGUUUUUGCUAUGCUACAGAUGCCAAGACGGCGCCCGUCCUCGUGCCGCCGCGGGCUGCAAACGCCACGAGCACCACCGCUUUCCGAGGCCGACUUCAAAGAGCAAUACGCCUUCAAGCCGUCGUGCAACAUUUCUCUGUACGGGGAAAACCUGUCCCGCUAUCGGCCGGGCGGCUACCACCCCGUAUCCCCAGGCGACACCUUCAAGGAUGAUCGAUACGUCGCUACGCGCAAACUCGGCUGGGGCGAUUCAUCUACCGUCUGGCUGGUCAAAGACGCAUUCCUCGAUCGGUGGGUCGCCCUCAAGAUCUUCAUUGCCGAGCUCAGCACGUCAAGACAGCCAGUCGCCGCCACCAAGGCCCUGUGCUGCCGCAAAGACACCGCCGAGUUGUUCCCAGCCCUCUACGACAGCUUCUUCCACGAGGGUCCCAACGGCGUGCAUCUGUGCCUAGUCAUGGAGCUCCUCGGUCCGACUCUCUGGAAUCUCAUGACGUACUUUACAGAUAUAUGCGAUCGCAUCCACCCGGAGGAUGUGCUUAGACUUACGCGGCAAAUCUUGAGCGGCGUAGCUACGUUUCACGGGGCUGGUAUCGCUCGAGGAGACCUGAAUGCCUCCAACCUCGUGUUUACCAUUCGUAACCUCGUAGACGACGAUGCGCUCUUUGAAGCACUCGGAGAGGAGAGUCUCAAGAUGGAGAUCGUACGCAGGGACGGCGCGCCGCUCACUGCCCACAUGCCACGCCAGUUCCACGACACGCCCGACUGGCACAGCUGGGUCGAUGAGGACGAGGAAGACCUGCGCUUCGUCGGUGUUGACGACUGGUUUCGCACCACCGAUCGUAUGCCCAGCAGCGACGCUCUGAGGGGCGCGUGUCCUGCGCCGGAGGUGCUGUUUGAGGAGACGUACGACUACCGUGCGGAUCUCUGGCACGCCGGCUGCGUUAUACACGAACUCAUCUUUCAGAACUGCCCCCCCAUGUACAUGGGCAACGAUCAGUUAUACAUUACCGAAAUGAUUGGCUUCGUUGAGGGCCUGCCGCCUGAGUGGGAGCCCGCGUGGCGAUGUAUCCGCGCGACGUCCGCCCCUCCCCCUGAACAUCUGCUGCGUUACCACUCGCCAACGGUAAGCGUCGAGCAGAGUUUCAAAAACAAGGUGCCGGAUGCCGAACUCACGCAGCUGCUCCCCGUCAUCCGCGGGCUGUUGAGGUUCCGCCCUCAAGACCGAAUCUCCGCCCGCCAGGCCCUCGCUCUUCUCUUGUAA